AUGGAGCCUUUUAUCCAGGUGGAAGAGGCAGACGACGACGACGACGCCGCCGCCGCCGCCGCAGCCUCCAGCCUGGCGACCGAGCUGGCAGCCACACUAGCUUCGCUAUUUAGAUCCGUGACUGUUCUCGACGGGCUGGGAGCCGCAACUGCCGCCCCGGCGGGCAACGCUCCCCAUAGCGGAUCCAAGCUGGGCCGCGUUAGCAUCAACUACUAUCAGGAUGACCGUGAGGGGACUUCCGAGUAUAUCCUGUACCAGUACUAUGCGGGCGACAGCGUGAACAAGGAAUGGUGUCCAGAAGUUCAAACCCCCGGCUCCAUCACGACAGCCGGCGCCUGGGAGGGGAUGAAUGACGGUACCGGAGGGUUCAAGGUCUUUGGAUCCACCUGCACCUACAAGGGUUCCCAAGUGGUGACGGGCAAAUUCGAUCAGAACCAGGUUGGAUCCUUGGUGUGUGACGGAUAUCGGGAUGCGGCCUGCUAUGCCGGCCAGCUUGCGCAAACCUGCACGUACGGCUGGCAAACCAGGUGGGAAAUCAUAGAGUGCGAAUGGUAG